CGAAGUUUUCUAACCUUGCUUUUUUUCAUAAAUUCAACGCCGAUACGACAAUGGCCACAAUGCAAUAAAUAAUUUACUGUAAAAAUUGUUCAAUUAUCCAGCUUGUCAUGAGAAUCUGUUUACUUUUAUAAAAGGACAAUUGUCAAUAUUGACAGUUCUUAAUCGUUCAUUCGCCUCUGCAGUCAACUGACCACAUCCGGAAUAAUGAUAUCUUUGGCAAACGGAGCACUCGUAACUCGGUCUCUGAUCACCACUGAAUUCCUUGGCCUCAAUGUUGUGCACUCACAAACUGUACGAUGGAGAAAACCUAUGUGGUUGGGUACAGCAAAAUCAAAAAUUUUCAGAGUACCGGUGAAGCCGGUUAUUCCAAAAGAAGAAAUGGACGAGAUUAAGCGUUUGUUCAACAAUUAUAGAACACAACGUGAAUCCAUAAGGCGGUACUUCAUAGAGGUAGAAGCUCAGAAUAUGAUCCAAUUCGACGAAGAAGUGGUGAGAAAAGAGGAGGAAGAAGAUUUCAUGAGAUGCAAGCAAAUAAACGACGAAUGGAACAAAGAGCUCGCAAAGCUUCGAGAAAAGCGCGAGUUCGAGGCAUUGGAAGCUCGUAAAGAAAAGGUGUUGGAGAAUAUAAUGAAAAAAGAGGAGAGAGACAAAAUGUUGUUGGAACAAAUAGAGGAAAAAGUACGAAAAGCAAAGGCCGAAGUUCACACGUUUAUUACGGAGGAAACGAUCGAUCGGGCGAUCGAGGAGGCUCUUGGUAACGUGGUCAAUUACAACGUUGCAAUUGAUACGGAAGGUAACAGAUACGAGGGCAAAUACGAGCCACCGGUAAACGAAUCGACCAAAGUACGAUUGCGCGCUGAACAAUAAACGUGAUUAAGAAAAAUCAAGCACAGUUGUGAGAAUUUUUUUGUAUAUUACCCAUACACAAGUAACUUAAAUAAAAAAAAAAGUGGAUACGA